AUGUACGGCCAAGCCUCUCGCUCUGCUGGCCCGCCCAGGCAGCGGGACCAACAGGAUCGCUCGGAGCCUCCCCUGCGUCACUCGCUCGGGAACAGACCCCAGCAAGGCUACUACAGCAGCGCAGCCGGCCAGUCACCCUCCCCAUCGGCUGCACACGCCUACCGUCAGCAACAGCAGGACAGCUAUGGAUACGCUCAAGAUGCGCACUAUGGCUCCCCUUCCCAGACCGCCGACUUGCGCUCAUCUUACCCUGGCCAUGCGAACUCGUCAAGGUAUAGGUCAGCCAGCUGGUCAGCAGCCGCACCCUCGAGACCGAGCGCAAGCUACAGUCGACACCAUCAAGCCGGCUACCCGCCCUCGAGUCAGCCGCUCAGCUAUAGCUCUGCCCGAGAGCUUGCAGACCACCGAGCAGACUAUGCCAUCGAUCAUCCUGUUCACUCGCGUUCGCCCUCGAUGAACAUGGGCCAGUCUCGCUCUGGCUCACGUUCGCCGCCUUACAUGUCAAGAGCGCCAGACGUGUACCACGAGCCACGCUAUGACACAAACAGACAAGCUGCCACGAGCCAGGCCGGCUUCAUACGAGCCAAGCCUCCAGCAGGUGGCGGUCUCGCCCAUGCCGCAGCCCUCGUCUCCAAAUGGACCCAGAAAUUUCAUGGUGCAAACGGGGCGCAACAUGAACCAGCUUCGCCCUACACUCGCAGGGAGGAUCAGGUCAGCUUGAGACCACAGGCAGAUGACCAUCCUGCCGAUCGAUACCUGCCAGCAAAGCAGUAUCGCAACCAUGCCAUGUCGCCAUCCAACAGCACCCCUAUGCCCGCCUACAGCGGUCACGGUCACGCAGGCGCGUACACGCAUCGGGCGCAGCAGGCACAAGCGCAGGAAAACCUCCAAGCCAGCACGAACUCGCCCGAACAUUCCCCCCAGCGCCCAGCCUACUCCCGCAAGAGGCGCUCCUCCUCUCUCGGCACUGCCGAUGUAGAUGGCCAGAUGGCUGCAAGACACCCACAGGGAGAUCACCGCUCUACGCAACAAUUGCUCGAUACGGACUCGAAAAUUGACUUGCUCGGUCCGAGUGAAGACACUUUUGCAGACGAAGAUGGUGAGCUCAUCGACGAGGCCGCAGACCGUACUUCUCGAUCGCCAAUCGUGCAGACGCCAUCACCCCGCGUCUUGACGGCGAAACUGCCAGCUGCUCAACAGAACAACCUCGCUGAUGCGCCAAUGGAGGAUGAGCUCGUCGGCGCGCCUGAACCUGUCGUUCACAAGACGCUCGCACAGCUACUGCGCCUUUCCUUAACGAGCUCUCAAGUGCAGCAGCAAGAGGAUGCAGUCGUCCAGUCUUUGCUAGCCUCCCAACGCGAUUGCAGUGACCCUGCAUCCGCACCUUAUCACGCUAUGCAGACAAGACCACCCCUGCAGCACGACAUUGCAAAUCUGCCGUUCAUGAAGACUGACAAGCAGGCUCAUUACAUCCUUCGUGAUGCUCUGCUUGAGGGCCUCAGUCGGCGCAUGCGGAGACGAUGUCUACAGAUCAACAGUCUGCGUGGCGAUUACAAGCAGCUCAACAAAAGCUGGAAGUCCCAUUGCGUGCGUAUGGAGAAGCACAAAGUCCCUCUGCAGAAUACUCGCGGCAAUCUAGUCGCUCCCGCGCUGGCAUCUGCCGCUGUCGCGGACUCCGUGCCGAGCACAGUCGAAGCCGCACCGAUUCUGGGCACACCCCUGUCAGCUGGCGGCAGAGCAAAUCGACGCGCCAAUGCAGCCCUCUCGUCCAGUUUCGGCUAUGGCGAUGCGGCGCGCUCAGAAGCCGAAUUUCUUGAGAUCCUCGCCAGCCUCGAGCACGCUGAUAUGCGCGAUCCGACUUUGCGCGCCUCUCGUACGACAGCCGUGGUGCCCGACAUGGCGCUUUCGUCAACAGAGAUGGGCUUUCUCAGUCUAAUUGAUGAAAACGCUCUCGUCAUUGAUCCGAUAGCUUUUUAUGGUAUCCGCGAUCCUGGGCCAGUCUGGUCACCAGACGAGGAACGCAUCUUCGCUCAAAACUACGCUGUCUUCCCCAAACAGUUUGGCAAGAUUGCCGCCUGCUUGCCGGACAAGACGACCCAGCAAUGCGUUUUGUACUACUAUCGAGCAAAGCGGUUCGUCGAUUUUCGCGCGCUCACUGAUCGCCGAGCCAGGGACGGUCGUAAGCGCAAGCUAAAACGCAGGGAUCGUGGUGCGACUACAAAAGGCACUUCUCUACUUGCUGGUCUGGGCCGUAGCCGAGCAGACGAGGAAGAGGACGAAGACUCACCGCCGCCCUCGCCCGAGGUGCGCAAAGAAUCUGCUGCCAAUAUGCCUCUGCACGAGGCGCCGGCUGCAGCUGCUAUGUUGCGCCGCGCGAUCAAAGCUGCUGAAGAAGAGUCUCUUGCUGCCUUUAGCGAGGCACCAUCCAGCACAACGGCAACCAUCGAGAGCGGCGUGGCUGCAAAGGAUGCAGGUAUUGGCAAGAAGAGGCGUGGCAAGACCGCACGCAGCGACGUGGCUUCAAGUGCUGCAGAGCGGCUUAACAGCAAACGAAAAGGCCCAACUUCUUCGUACUGGUCCGUUGCCGAACGCAACGAGUUCUUGCGGCUGCUGGCAAUACAUGGCAAGAAUUAUAAGCGGAUCGCUCUUGAUAUCGAAAACAAGACUGCUGUGCAGUGCAAGAACUUUUUUCAAAACAACUACAAGAAGCUCAAUCUGCAGGAAAUUGCAGACGAGGCGACGGGCGAAGAAGUCGAUGACGGCGAGGCUCUCGACCUACAAGAUGACACUGUCGAGAUGUCGACAGAGCAGACGACGCCGCGGGAGGGGCUUGACACCGGACCGCAGACCGGGUACUUUGAGAGCCACGCACCUCGGCAGCUGCGCGAUCUGCUUAAUGAUGCCGAGGAUCAGGCGCCGAAUCAGAGCUCUGCUGGCUGGUUCGGAGAUGAUGGCGAUAGCGUUGCUACGGAGGAGGAUGAUCAACAAGAACGAGCCGAGCGUGUGCGAGAUGAGCGGCUUGCUCAGCAGCAGCAGCAGCAGCAGCAGCCGCCCCAUCAGCGACAGCAGAUGCAUGUGCAAGCUCCGUACCAUCGACAGGAGCCAGUGCGGACGCAGUCGUAUCAGCACCCGCCCUACCAGUUGGGACAGGAACGCGAAUACGAAGCCAGCCUGCACGCGCAGCAGACAGCUUACCAACGUCGAUCUGGUCAAUAUGAUGCGUACGAUCGUGACAUGCCCUGGCCAGCGAGCAGACCAUCGUCACAGAUGCCAGGCUGGCAAGGCUAUGGUCGUGCCCAAAUGUACGAGCGGCCUCCUGCGCCGUACGAAUCUCCCAGGUGGUCAGGACGAGCAGAUCAGCCGCCAGCUGGUUACUAUGACAGAAAGCCCGCCUACCCUAGUGAGCCUCUACCGCCGCCCGCGCGUCAUCAACAGCAGACACAACAUCACCAGCACCACCAACAGCAUGAUCACCACCAACACCAGCAACAAGCGCGAUAUAGCGAUCGGUCUUACUACUGA